AUGAACGUCCUCAAGCUGCAGAAGCGAUUCCCGCAGCUGGACCAGGGCGAAAUCUUUGCCCUUCAAGACGCAUUCCACAAGCUGGACGUCGAUGACCGUGGUUACCUGGACGAAGCUUCUGUGAUCAAAGCAACCCAACAGUCAGAGCGACAGCCGUACGAUGUGGUGCGCCAGACCCUCAAGGGUGUGGAGCUCGAUAGCUCGCGCCGGGUUGAGGUUGAGGACUAUAUCGACCUUGUGUCAAGAUUGCGCUCGGGGCCAGCCCCCGGCGCCCCCGGCGCAUCGAGCCCCGCGGCUGUGAUUCAAGGCGCGGGAGCUGGCGCGGGCGCCGGCUCAGGCGGAUCCCGCCAUGUUUCCAAGGGCAGCGUCGGCGGCCGCAUCCACGUCCAGGGCUCUUCGGCCAACGUCACCCACACCAUCAACGAGGAUGAACGAACGGAGUUCACGAGACACAUCAAUGCUGUUCUAGCAGGCGACCCGGAUGUGGGCCACCUACUACCCUUCCCGACCGACACAUUCGAGAUGUUCGACAAGUGCAAGGAUGGCCUGGUCCUAGCGAAGCUGAUCAAUGACAGCGUGCCCGAUACCAUCGACGAGCGUGUCCUCAACAAGGCCGGGAAGAAGAUCAAGGAACUGAAUGCCUUCCACAUGACCGAGAACAACAACAUCGUCAUCAAUUCUGCCAAGGGUAUUGGGUGCUCCGUUGUCAACAUCGGAAGCGGAGAUAUCAUCGAAGUCCGAGAGCAUCUCAUUCUCGGUCUAAUUUGGCAAAUCAUCCGCCGGGGCCUGUUGGGUAAGAUCGACAUUAAGCUCCACCCGGAACUGUACCGCCUCCUCGAAGAUGACGAGACUCUGGAGCAGUUUCUGCGAUUGCCGCCAGAGCAGAUUCUGCUCCGUUGGUUCAACUACCACCUGAAGAAUGCCAAGUGGGAACGACGGGUAACCAACUUCUCGACUGAUGUGAAGGACGGUGAAAACUACACGGUUCUGCUGAACCAGCUGGCCCCGGAUGUGUGCUCCCGUAGCCCUCUGCAGACUCGGGAUCUGCUUCAGCGUGCAGAGGAAGUUCUCACCAAUGCAGAGAAGUUGGACUGCCGGAAAUUCCUGACCCCCACCUCCCUCGUUGCUGGAAACCCUAAGCUGAAUCUCGCAUUUGUCGCCAAUCUGUUCAACACCCACCCUGGUCUGGACCCCAUCACCGAGGAGGAGAAACUGGAGGUGGAGGACUUUGAUGCCGAAGGUGAGCGUGAGGCUCGUGUCUUCACCCUUUGGCUGAAUUCUCUGGAUGUGCAACCGGCUGUCAACUCCCUGUUUGAUGACUUGCGCGAUGGUUUCAUCUUACUGCAGGCCUACGACAAAGUCAUUCCAGGCAGCGUCAACUGGAGACAUGUGAACAAGCCUCCGGCGUCGGGUGGCGAAUUGAUGCGAUUCAAGGCGGUGGAGAACACUAAUUAUACUAUCGAGCUGGGGAAGCAUCACGGCUUCUCGUUGGUUGGUGUUCAAGGGGCUGAUAUCACCGAUGGCCAGCGGACUCUGACUCUGGGGCUGGUGUGGCAGUUGAUGCGUCGCGAUAUUACUCGAACCUUGUCUGCGCUGGCUCAGCGUCUGGGCAAGCGAGAAAUUACCGAUGCGGAAAUGAUUCGCUGGGCAAACGAUAUGUCCAAGAGUGGCGGUCGGUCGUCUACGAUCCGCAGCUUCAAGGACCAAUCCAUCGGCUCUGGCCUGUUCCUCCUAGACGUCCUGAAUGGCAUGAAGAGCAGCUAUGUGGAUUAUGAUCUGGUGACGCCCGGCCGAACCGAUGAAGAAGCCUAUGCCAAUGCCAAGCUUAGCAUCAGCAUUGCGAGAAAGAUGGGGGCCACCAUCUGGCUGGUGCCGGAGGAUAUUUGUCAAGUGCGGUCUCGCCUUGUGACCACCUUUAUUGGUUCACUCAUGGCCACGCACGAGAAGAUGUGA